AUGCCGCGCAACUUCUUCUGGGACGAGGAGAACACGGAAGACGACCAGCACCUCCUGAACGUUCGCAAGGACCGACGGAUGGCGGCCAUAGCGGCCACGGUGAGCUCUGAGGACUGGAGCGAUCUGCAACACCAGACCUAUCGCGGCCUGGCGUCUUAUCAAUCCGCUGUGGACGGUGUGGACACCGACACGGCAUGGCAGUGCUUCACCAUCGCUGAAGGUUUGUUCGAGGUGAUUGAGGCCGUGAUGCUUCGUGAAACGCCCUUCGCCCACAGGCGGGCCACUUUUGGGGCCCCUGCGGGCCCCGGGAAGCUCCACAGACGAAAAGCUGGUGAGGAACACUGGCUUGGGUUGACACCCAGCGCUGUUGUAGAGGUGAGCCUCUAUGACGAUGCGGGGCGACAGCAGGGCCGAGGUGUUGUGAAAUUGCAGCACCGCGCCAUAGAGGAUGAGGCUGGCAAAGGUCAAACCUGGCGAGGAUUCUUUCUGGCCAUUGAAGACGGAUAUUACGAGUGGUGGGUACAAAAUCAUUACCCCACGAAGGUGCUGCCAUUCCACUUCUGUCAGGUGGCGGCCCAUCGGUGUGGGGAGCAAACGCUGUACCGGGACCCCAUCCACGUUGACGUCUUCAGAGUCUUGCCGGAUGAUACAUACGUGAGGCUGCCGUGGAUGACCGAUGAAAAGAAUGAGAAGGCCAAAAGCUUGUUGGCACUCCACGCCACGCAGGCGCCUGCGGUCCCAGCCCUCGCCUCUCCAGCUGUGGGGGGUGGGGAUGGUGGCCGUGGGAGCCGAGCUGAUGGUGAAGUGGAGGUGGGUGAAGCUGGCAUUGCAGGGCUGGCUCGAGCACUUGGAACUGCAGGAGAUCGUGGCGACAAGAGAGAGAGGCAGAUCGACGAUGAUAAGGAGGAAAAGAAGAAAAGGAAGGAGAAGAAGGCACCAGUGGAUGCCCGAGAGGAAGGCCUUCGAGCCGUUCUGAAUAAGCGGAAGGCACCGCUACCUACCGGGGGUGCGCUCAAGCUGAAAGGAGACGACCUGAAGAAGAAGAAGAAAAAGAAGCGGAAAAGAGAUUCAGAGAAAAAGCGGAAGUCCAAAAAGGAGGAAGCUAGCAAGGGGUCCUCCGAGGAAAGUGACUCAGGGGACGACGAGACCUCCUCAUCGAGUUCAGGGUCGCUUUUUCAGUUGGCCGCCCUGCCACAGGGAGUAGACCGAUUGCACCGGUUGCAUCAGGAGAAGCCAGGGGCUCUGGCGGACCUAACGCUCCGGCGCUUUCAGGAGCUCCUGAACCGCUCAAUAGGCGGGGGAACGGCCGAGACAGAGCAGGAGAUGCCGCCGGUAGCGCGCGCAUACCUCAGCCAGAUCUACAUGGUGCGCCAUCCAGAAGCAGCGAUUGGCCUGCGGAAUCUGAGAGAGCUGCGUACGUUGGCGACGCUGGUGGAUCUCAUGGCCAUGAACGGCCAAUGGAGUCAAGCAAACUUGCUGGAGCUCAUUGUGCCGGAGGAGGAGCAACGAGCCUGGUUCCGACAGGAGUUGAAGGCAGCCCAGCAAGAGCACAAGAGCGACCUGAGGAGGUCAGAGCCAAGGGAAAGGAAAGAAAGGAAGAGGAAAAGGGAAGAAGGGCAAGCGGUGGUGAGCCCACCCGCGGCCCGGCGGGGGUUAGAAUACCCAGCGAUGGAAAGGGCCCUAAAUGAAUGUGAAGUGUCUGAAGAAACACGAGAGAAGGUCAGAAGCCUCAUGCAGGAUCCGGAGGGGGUGGCGCUCUAUCGACUCAGGAGGUUUGCGUUGGGCAAGAGCCCAAACUGGAAGAUGAUAGAGCAGGAUUUCUUUGAGAUGAUUGCCAAUGUCGCUGGAGACCCACCUGCACUGGUAAAGAAGCAGUUGCGGCUCAGCUGUCAAUUCCUAGGAGAGGAAUUGAUACCAUCCGCAUCGGAAGUGGCCUGCCGGCUCUUGGGGGUCGACCAAUCUCAGGCCGGGGUUGAUCCUCGGUCUGGGGAAGGUCGGCUCCUAAAGUUGGUGAAUGGCAUUGAAGUGCGAGCUGCUGACAUUGAGUGGAAGAGAGAGGACGGGGUUUAUGUUGGCACCCCUCACAAAGAGUUUGGUGCCUCAAUCUACCACCAGGAGUUUGUCAGUCAGUUGGAUAAGGAAAAAGUGAGGAUAUCUUUGGUGGGUCAACACUUAUAUGUUGGCUCAAAGGACCUGAGAGCUGCCGACUGGUUGAUUCAGGAAUUUGGGCUGAUUCCAAAAGAGCACGUGACGCCGGUCUCAUGGAGGCAGAUGAUGCGGCGAGGGCUGGGGCUCAGCUUGUCGGUGAGUCUUGUGGGGGUGGUCUUAAAAGUCGGCAUUCAAGACCGCCCUGGAGAGUUGGGCAACUUAGCGCGUGCCCUUCCUUGCUGCGCUCUGGAGAACUUUCACCGACUGGCAAAGGAGCUACUCCCAUUGCCAAUGCCCAUCAUGACCGACGAAGAACUGGCUUUUGAGGCAGCGGUGAAGGAGGUCCUCUGUGGCCGCUUGGAUGUGACCAGUGAGAGUUGGAGGAAGCUGAACAGUGAGGCAAAGGAAAUCGGUGUGAAGGCAUGGACCUGGCUGCAGUGCUUCGUGAUCAACCACCUAUACUGCCACGGAGCAGGUGGUCGCAUGCUGUCUGAGUGCAUGCUUCAUGCGAAGGAACCUACUGCGAGCCAGGAAAGAUCCAUCAAGCGACUUGACAGCUUAAGCAAGAAAUGGAUUGAAGAAGAUAAGGAGGAUGCGAUCAGGGCAGACACCUGGGAGAAGUCGUCUGAGACAUUGGGGGACAUGUACACAGGACCCAACGUAGGGAAAUCCUAUCCUCUGACAUUGGAGGCAAUACUCCCCACAACACCAGGUGCGAGUGAAGCGGCGAGGAUCCCAUUGUCAGAAGUGGUGAGCGACUCGGUCAAGGAAUAUGUGGAUGACCCUUCGCUGCUGCGUAUCCCGGACGAGGAGCUCAUUGGGCCACGCACCUCAGCGUUGGUGCAAGUCACCAGCCAGGAGGAGUGGGACAAGAUCGUGAGCCACCUGGUAGAUGCAGGCAUGCUUGAGAGGGAAGUUGAGGCAGAGACCCUCAAGUAUCGAGGGGAGCCAGUUCGUAAUGGGGCGUUUGGCGUCCACAAGAGUUGGGUGCUGAAGGAGGAUGGAGAAUGGCUCCGCACGUUGAGAUUGAUCAUCAACAUGAUCCCCGGCAACUCGUUCCAGAGACGCAUGCCAGUGAGAGCUUCGGAGAAGAUGGGUUAUGCCCCGCUGUGGGGGAACCUCUACUUGCAUGAGGACGAAAUCAUCAUAUGUGCCGCUGAGGACCAGAAACACUGCUUUCAUAUCUACCGGCCAGGAUAUGCAUGGCGAGCCUUCUUCAGUUUGAGUAGGAUGGCUUCAGGACAGGCCUUCAAAGAUGGAAAGGUGGAGAAAGGUUACCCUCGAGUGAAGAGUGCACCCAUGGGGUGGAACAAUGUGGUGGACUUUAUCCAGGACGGCUUUGAGAACAUGGCCAAGAUGGCAGGUUUGGCGCCUAAUCAAGUUAUUCGAAUGGGCGAGCCGAGCCCGUUGGAACCUUUGGCAACUCCCAGAUCAUUCUUUUCGUUCUAUAUGGACAACUUUGACCAGCUGAAGAUCAUCUGGAGGACCGACCGGGGGCUGUACGAAGGCCAGCCGACCGAUGAACAACUCCAAUUGCGAGAGACCAUGGAGGAAUUGACUGUAGGGAGAGACCCCAAGAAAGCAGCUGAGGGAUCAAUCAGCUGGACCAGUUUGGGAGCCGAAGUGGCUGGAGAGGAAGGAUGGAUUGGCAGCUCGCGGAGCUUCCGCCGGGCACUUCUGAGUGCUAACCUUGGGCUGUUGGUGGGGGAUGAGGUCCGUACUGAUUCCCCCAAUCUGCAGUCUGUGGUUUCAAAGAACAUGCACUCGGUGCAAUACAACCGGCAGCUGGCAGUGUUGUUUGACAGGCUGUACGUGGAAAUGAAUGCCAGCAGGCCACGACUCUUGAGUGAGAAAGGUCGCGACGAGCUCUUGCUGCUAUGCUGCUCACUGCCCAUGCACUGGCUUGACGUCAAGAUGAAAGUGUCAGGCCAAGUGUAUGCGACAGACGCGAGUCCAGAAGGCGGAGGAGCCUGCUGCACUACUGGCCUGAGCCCCUGGGGAAGUGCAAGACUUCACAGCCUCAGUCAUGAGCGUGAUGGACUGGAGGGAGCCGCUACUGAGAAUGCCCUAGUGAUCGAAUGCUUUGCGGGCAUGGGAGGCCUGAAGCAAGCACUGGAUUUGAUUGGGUUUGAGCCCGCUGGGGUGGUGGCAAUUGAUACCUCGGCUGAGUGCUGUAAGGUAUACAAGCAGCACUGCCGCCACGUCAUCUGGGUUCAGAAGAUUGAGUCCGUGACGGAGGAGCAGGUCUUGGAAUGGAGAAGGCGAUUUCCGCGCGCCACAAAGGUGGUCAUUGGAGGAGGAUGGCCAUGCAUCAACCACUCGGUGCUGAACCCUAGACGACAGGGAGCAGAAGGAGCUUCGAGCAAGCUGCUGGACGACAUGUUGGCAAUCAGAGGAUGGUUGGGAUCGUGCUCAGAGAAGUUGCACCUUCCCCCAUGGAAAGUAGUGGAGAUUUUCGAAAAUGUGGUCAUGGAUGAUGCAGAUUACGAAGCCCAAAGCAAGAAGAUUGGGUACACGCCCUACUUUGUUGAGGCUGCUGAGAUUGGGCGUUGCCGAAGACCCAGGCUCUACUGGAUUUCAGGGGUGGACCUUGUGGCUGGAGAUGAUCUGUCUGUCGCCGCGCGGCGAACUCUGAGAGGUCACAACUACCAGGUGAAGCAAAUCAAGGUGGACACGGAACGUCCCCCGCUCACAUGGUUCCUGAAUGAAGGGACCACCAAGAUGGCCGAACCUGAAGAGCCGUUUGCAACGUUCACCCGGCCAAUCGCUCGACAGAGCCCUCCAGAAGAUCCUGCCGGGUUUGACCAGGCCACAGAGAAGGCCUUGAAGCGGUGGCGCGGAGACAGUUACAGGCUCCAGCCCUACCAAUAUGAGCCUCGUAACCUGGUAACCGACAAGAAUGGGCCCAGAAGGCCUGCAGUCGAAGAGCAGCUCCGGAUGAUGGGUUUCCAAUCCACACACCUCAAUACCAAAACCAAGCUCAGUGCAGACCUGAGAGGUCAAAUGGUUGGGAAUUCCUUUUCAGCGAUGGUGGUGGCUCGGCUCUUGGUGGGCCUGGUGUUGAAGCCGGAGCAAUGUGUUGGAAAGGAUGUCAGCCUGAUGCUCUGGGAAGUCUGGAAAGCCAAGGAAGACAAAGCUGGUCAAGAAGGAAAACCUUGGAAAGUGAGGUUUGCAAGUGUGGCUGCGGGGGUUCCUGGGGUGGUGAGCCUGCUCGAGCGGGUCUUGCCAUCACCAGUCGCGCCCCUGCGGUCAUUCAUUGACCCUCAACAGUGGCUGACAGACGAAGAGAUGCUGAGCUACUUGUUAGCUCGCAAUGGGACACACCGUGGUGCUGAGAUCCGGAUUGACUUGGGGAUGCCUUACUCCGUUGGUGAACUGUGCCGGCAGAGCAUUGAUCCCAGUCACUGGAUUUGGAAAGUCUUGAUGUCCUACUCAUGGAGAGAGCCAGGACAACACAUCAACAUCUUGGAGUUGGUGGCGGUCCUUGAUCUUCUCCGCCGGCAAGGACGCGAUCCAAAGCAUCAUGACCAACGCUUGAUCACACUUGUGGACAACCAAGUUGCAAUGAGCUGCCUCUCGAAGGGACGCAGCUCCGCUCGAGCCCUCCAAGGUCCCCUACGCCGCAUCAGUGCCGUAUGCCUAGCCGCACACUUUCGACUCUGCCUCGGAUGGAUCAAGAGCAAGUGGAACCCAGCUGAUGGGCCCAGUAGAUGGGCCAAGCGUCGUCGCAAUGCCUAG